AUGAGUUGUCGCAAUUGGGAGAGUGGUGUUGUAGUGCAAAUUGCCAACCGCAAAAGCAGUAGCACCGUACCCGCCAGCUUCAGUGGCAGCACCAGCGCCAGCACCAGCACCAACGCCAGAACCAGUACCAGUACCAAGGUCAAGGCGGAAGAGGUCCAGGCACGGUCAUCGCUGCAGGCGGGGAAGAUAUCGGGGGAGCCGGACAAGGGAUAUGAUACGAGCCAGCAUAUUGACGACCACAAUCACAGCCAAAUACAGAGUCAGAAACAGAAACAGAAACACAAGCAGGAAGAUGGGGAGGAAGCCACAGGCAUAGACGCAGACGCAGACACUGACACUGACAUUGCAUUUGAGGGCACAGUCCCAAUACCAAUGCAACGACCAGGACGACGCUACCGCGCGGGCGAAGAGCCCUGGUUUUACAGUGUCCAGGGUUGA